UGCCAACUCUGCAUACCUUACAACGCAUCGUUCUUUCAAUGCUUCAUCCCUCUCUUCUGGUUAGGUCUUGAUGACCAUCAUGUUGAUCUGCUCUACGGCCAAGUCUCGUUCUUGCUUUUCUACAUAAUAUUUCAUUUUCGUUCGAUUGAUAUAUUCGUUCUGCAAUUAUUUCACCCCGCAGUGUUGCCACUGGCAAUCCCUUGAUUCUUGAUUCCAGAUUCCACGACAGUAUAAUUUGUUUCUUGCAAUUUGUCAAUGCCAUCGUCGUCUACUUCAUCUUCGAACUGGGACUUCACUCCGGUGAUUAACCUACUACGUUCGCCCACCUACAGCGAUGGUUACCAGUCUAGCCUUUCUCGCCACCAUGAGUCUCGCCGGAGUCCAUCCACCUCCGGGUCUUCUACGCCUAAGAACACUGUAACGCACUUGGGUCUUCAACCUACCGACGGAGCUCAUCACGGCGAUACUUCUCCAAAACUUGGUGACUUCAGCACCCUCUGGAAUGCCUUGGGUCCUUACACCACCACUCCUGUCAAAGCAGAAGUCGCGGCGUCUGGCGAACCUCCGGCCCCAAAGGUUGCUGCUGGGCAGCAAUCUCAGCGGCCACCACGAAUCGAAAUCUUAAAACGACCAACUCAAGAAAAGGAUGUCGGAAGUGUCAAUGAUGAGCUUCCUCGGACUCCUCCCAAGCCCAUCCCCGGUUCGGGCGCCACCAAGGCCGGUAAAUCUACGGUCAGAAGCAGCAAAACCAAACAACCUCCCCAGAUCGUCAACCCCAUCGAAUCGAGCUCCCCCGGAAGCAGUGCGGAAGCAGACUCCGAUGUCAGUAUUUUCGACCCGUGUUUUUCAGGAAGGAAGGGCGCCCUGUCUUUAGUCCCUCCACAAGUGGGAGCACCACCGACCAUCAACCCGUGUGAAACACCGCCGUCUUCUUAUGACGAACGUGAUGAAGAUUUAACUCCCAAGGGAGUCAAAAACGUGCCCAGCUGUGGCUCUAUUCGCGUGCAGCCUCUUGCAUACAAAUCAUCCCCCGAAAGGAGGGUUGGUCUUUUAACCAAACUUAUAAAUAGCUUCCCUGAAUAUGCGGAGACCGUGGCACAACUUGGUCGUUCUGCAAAUUCUAGUCGCACUACCCAAGCGUCCCGCCCGAUCCAUGUUUUUAUUGACAUGUCUAAUAUUAUGGUUGGGUUUCAUGACUCUGUAAAAGUGUCACGAAACAUACCGGUGACGACCCGGAUCCGACGAGUGCCUCUCUCGUUUCAGAACUUCUCGUUGAUCCUGGAACGAGGCAGGCCGGCUUCCAAACGCGUGCUGGUAGGGUCCGACCGAUUCGCGGCGAUUGACGAAGGCGAGAAGCUUGGAUACGAGGCGAAUAUCCUCGACCGAGUGCAGAAGGUGAAACAGCCUACUCGCCGUCAGUUGCGGUUCCGGAAGAAUCCUCGGGGUGCUCAGGAUGGCAGUGGUUCAGAAACGAACGACGUGCCUCCGGGGCGAUGGGUCGAGCAGGCCGUGGACGAAAUUCUGCACCUGAAGAUCCUGGAAAGCCUGUUGGACACAGACGAACCGGCGACCAUCGUGCUCGCCACGGGAGAUGCGGCGGAAGCUGAAUUCUCGGGCGGAUUCAUGCGGAUGGUUGAGCGGGCGCUGCAGCGCGGGUGGAACGUGGAGCUGGUCAGCUUUUCGCAAGUGACCAGCUAUGCCUAUCGCAAAAAAGAAUUUCGGGCCAAAUGGGGCGAUCGAUUCAAGCUGAUCGCGUUGGAUGGAUAUAUUGAGGAACUGAUGGCAUGUUAGGUAGCUACUACCUAUUCCCGUCGUCUUACUGCUUACUGCCAGGC